AUGAGCAGUAUUUCGUCAGGUGACACUGGAAGCGUAGAUAAGGAGUUGAUAGAAGCAGGGCAGCACCACUCGCGGGAGGAGCUGACAGUGCGUGAAGAUGCAGUCGGGAUGCGAAGAAGUAACGUACGAGCGUACGUAAGCCUAAGCGGCGUGCGCUCACAGAGGGCUGCAGAAAUGGCUGCGAGUGCGGGAAUCUUGUCGGGGCGUGGCUGGCCGCGUGUAAUCAGCAGCGCAGCCCGCCGCUGCCGUUGCCGCCAUUUGUCGGCCGGCCCCUCCCCUCCCCGCCUCCGCCGCCCCCAGAGGCCUCCGCCCCCGCAGCCUGCAACCAGAUGGGGCCCGCAGCCGCCGCCACCCUCGCCCCGUCAAUACUCCUUACGCCCACUCCCGCCGCUUCCACCGCCGUUGUCCGCCCGUCGCCUGCGAGGAAACCUUAACAGACGGGGAGCGACUGGUCUGCUCUGGAAUAUGACAGCAAGUAAUCACGCCGCCAUUAUGUACCCACAGCCACAGCAGUGA